AUGAUCGCAGCUGUAAAUAUUCUUUUCUCCAUCACGUCAUCUCUGGGCAACAUUCUGAUCCUGAUUGCCCUUCGUAAGGUAACUUCUCUUCAUCCUCCAACUAAACUGUUGUUUCAAUGCCUGGCGAUCACUGAUCUUGGCGUUGGUGUUACUUCCCAGCCACUCUUCGCCACUGUGCUGCUAACUGAUUAUAGAAAUGUUAACUGGAGCCUUAUUGGCAACUAUUUAUCCCUUAUUUUUUGUGGGGUGUCGAUGCUCAUAUCGACUGCCCUCAGUGUGGACAGACUUCUCGCUCUCUUGUUGGGAUUAAGGUACAGACACGUUGUAACACUGAAGAGAGUUCGUAUAGCUGUUGCCGGUUGCUGGUUAACUCCUCUUGUGACUGCGUUGGUCAUAUUUUUAACUAGGGGAAAGAUCUUUCCGAGAAUGUUGACGAUUUUAAUAAUUCUUUCUGUCAUUAUCUCAGUGUCUUCUUACACGAAAAUCGUCCUUAAACUUCGGCAACAUCAAACCAGUGUACAAGAGAAUGUCCACCAAGGAAUGGCGAAAGCAGGAGGAGUUCCAAUAAACUUAGAACAAUAUAAAAGGACUGUUGUAAGCAUAGCUUUGGUGCAGAUAUCAUUAGUCGCAUGCUAUGUACCAUUUCUUAUUUUUCUUAUAGGACAUCUCGGGGAUUACAGUAUUCCCAAUUACGUAUUUUUCCUAGUCAGUACGACCUUCGUUUACCUUAACUCGUCUUUAAACCCGUUUUUGUACUGUUGGAGGAUCAAAGAAGUUAGACAAGCAGUAUUGGGUACAAUCAAAAGGUUUUGCUCAUGUCCAAGUUGA